UCAAUACAGCGCGUAACCCGUAAAAGAAUUUGCGAACUCAAUAGUUAUUAUAUAUUUCAAUUAUUAUUUCUACGAUCUAUUAAUUUCAUUGAAAAAAAAAAACAAAAUGUCUCUCCCACCUUUCCUACUCAACUACGACUUCCCACAUCCUCACCGGAUCGUUGAUCAGGAUUUCGGUUUGGCCUUAACUCCAGAUGACUUACUAAUGGCCGCCGUCGCACCCUUACUCUCCCGUGAUUACUACAGGCCUUGGCGUCAACAAACGCCCACUAAUAGAGACGUCGGUUCCACCAUUAGAAGCGAUAAGGAUAAAUUCCAAGUUAAUCUAGAUGUGCAGCACUUCGCACCUGAGGAUAUUACGGUGAAGACGGCCGAUGGGUAUAUUGUAAUCGAAGGAAAACACGAGGAGAGAAAAGAUGAACAUGGGUUUAUUUCUCGACAAUUCACACGAAAGUACGUGCUUCCUGAAGGCUGUGAUCCAGAGACGGUAGAAUCAAGGCUGUCUUCGGAUGGUGUGCUCACUGUGACCGCGCCAAGAAAACCAGCGGCAUCGAAUAAUGAACGCAUUAUACCCAUUGCUCAAACUGGUCCUGUCAGAAAGGAGAUCAAGGAUCAAGAUUCUCAAGCCAGUGCUAACGGAGAAUAAAUUACAUAAAAAUUAUGACAUAGUCUUAUGUAGUAUUGAUAUUUCUAUGUUAUUUAGAUAAUUAUUAUUGUGAAUAAUUUGAAGCUUUAAUUAUUUAUUAAAAUCUAAAAAUAUUUCUUUUAAUGAUAUUUU